CUUUAGACAACGCGCACCAACCACGGCAAGCAUGAUGAUCUAUCCUAAUUGAUAAGAUCCUGGUACUCUCGUAUUUGAUUUCUACGACGACCGAUCAGAGUGUCUACUUGGCUUCGAAAGCCGUCGUUCUAUGCCACUAUCCAGCAACUAACUAUCCAGCAGUCUUCGGCCACGAGACACAUCUAGCGCUGUCGCAAGUUAAACGCCCUGAUGAUUUCCCAUAAGAUCACUAUCUUAUAUCUAGAGAUCUAUAUAUACGAUAUAAUCUGGAAGUGACCUAUACAGAAGCCUUACGCUGUGGCUUCUUACACUUAUUUAUAUAUGAAUCUCGUUGAACCCAACCACAAUGAAUAUAUAGCUUGGCCAUGUCCGAAACUACAGCAAGCUCCCCUGCACAGGAUGAUGAUGCAGGGGAAUCUGGUCCCAGCUUUCUAAACUGCCCGCCUAUCUUUGUGCUCCCCACCCAUCUCAGUCUGGAAUCGCUUCACAGCAUAGAAGAGGAGCUGAUUAAGCGAGAAGCACCUCUGACCUACGACAUAUCCGAAGCCAGGCUGGUACUCGGGAAAAUCGGACAAGGAAAGCGAGCAGCUUUAGAACUACGAUCUCGUGGAAUCUGGACCGAACCUAUCAGUAAAUCUGAGCCCCCAAAGAAGCGGCGUCGUGUCAAUGCAGCCGAGUCGAAAAUGGCUGCAGACCAGGCCGACAUUAUCGACCUCAGCACGGAGACAGAAGACGAAGAAGAUGGGAUGAAAAGUCGGCAUGACCCCUCGCGGCAUCUCCAUCGGACGCAGACUGACUCCCCCGCCGCGGAGUCAACCGUUUCAAAUCCGUCUGGCGCGUCUUCCGUGUCAUCCUCCGUUGCACAAGCAGACACCAUCAGCGUCGUCAAACUAGACUGGCUGGACCAAUGUCUCAAGACGCAAGAGCUCCUUUCUACCGAUCCAUAUACGAUUUACAUCGCCCGACGGGCUCCACGCCCCGUAGAGCCCUCAAAGCCAGCCUCCCUAGGGAGCGAUAUCCUCCAACGAGCCAGGCAAGAUGCCGCAUUACGACCGCCACCAAAGCCACCGACCGUAUACCACCAUGCGCGUACUCACGAUUCUACUCACAACCCGCCCAAACUAUACCGAACCACCACCUCGGAGAACGAAGAAACCGAAUCCCUCCCCCCAGCCCCAGACUGGGUGAAGGAGCACGUCCUCUACGCCUGCCUGCGCUCCACCCCCCUCCACCCCCCAAACGAAGGCUUCAUCAACCAGCUUAUCAAAAUCCGACAAAUCCGCGAAUUAACACUCGACGAAAUCGGCGUCCGCGCCUACAGCACCUCCAUCGCAGCGAUAGCAGCCUACCCGCACGAAUUCCGCCGCCCUUCUGAGAUUCUCACCCUCCCAGGCUGCGACACCAAAAUCGCCAACCUCUUCUACGAAUACCAACAAAGCCCAACGGGCACCCUCUCAGCUGCCACCCUCCUAGACACCGACCCAACCCUCCAGAUCCUCAACACCUUCUACAACAUCUGGGGCGUUGGCGCCAAAACCGCCCGCGAAUUCUACUACUACCGCCACUGGACAGACCUAGACGACAUCAUCGAACAUGGCUGGAACAACCUGACCCGCGUCCAACAAAUCGGCCUAAAAUACUAUGAUGAGUUCCUAACCGGCAUCCCCCGCCCCGAAGUCGAACAAAUCGCCACAACAGUAA